AUGAAGCUACUUCUUGAGAACGGGCGGCUAACCGUUUGUCCAACACUCAAUGAUAAUGAGCCGCCACGUUGCGGUGUCGGGACUCCGCCCGCGGUUGUUGGAGCUGUCAAGCCCACCCCAGUGGACACACCUCCUCCGCCUCCAGCUAUCACUGAUGCCGUAUUCGAAGAAGAAGACGACGAGUUAUUAUUGUUGUGGCUAAGCUUCCGGCUCUUGCUGCUCAUUAUGUCUUUCUGA